AUGGUGGGAGAGGGUAGAAGGGAGUUCAUUUUAUGGGUGCUUUUAUGUAGGGUUCUAUCUGUUGGGCUCCCGGCCUUCUCGAGUUCUGGUCGAAAAUCAGUUUCUUUUGUUAAUGAAUUCUUCUUAGUGGCAGAUUUGUCUAUUGAAGGAAUGGUACACAUAGUACAUGAAUGGGCAUGGGCUGGUACUCCAAAUGAAGGAGCUGCAUGGCUUCGGCUACAAAGGCUAGCCGAUACUUGGCACCGCAUACUUUUCAAUAUCCAGGUCGAUUACUCAAAUUGCAGCUCGACUGCCAGAAGGGCCUUAUUAACGACCAGUGGGGUUGUCGUGUCGGUUUUUUUUGGGGGUGAUGUGAAGGAUGAUGAUUUGAUUUGGGCCCAAUGUUGUUAUUGGCCAUUGGAAUUAACUAGGCCUUUCUUUUUCAUUGCUGUACGACCGAGUCUCACUCUCAAUCUGCUGCGAUUCUUGGGGGAAAAAUCUCGUCGUUCGCUCGACAAUCUCUCUAUCGUUCAUCUCUUAAAUCUCGGCCAAGAGAGAUCGACUUCCCUUCAUCAAAUCGCGAGUUCAAUUUUGCAAACCCCUCUGCUCGAUUUCGUGAAUCGCCGCCUGAAAAAUUUGUCGCCAUUUUUGUCCGGCGAGCCCACCUUCGAACAACAGAUGUCGAUCGAGCAGCAACUUUCCAUCGCCGGCGAAUUUCCUCUAUCUGCACGCUCGGAUGACUGUCUGAACGAGGAGCGGCGGCGGCCUCCCCCGUCCACCUCGCGUCUUGCUGGAGUAGAAUUGAGCAGCGGCUUUCCUCGUGCUUCAUCAACCAUCACAGACGACCCUCUCCGCCAUUACCGGUCAAACCGAGAACGCAGCCCUCCGCCGUCGAGCAGACGAGCCCUGUUCCAAUUACAGUUUCCGUCGAGCCUCCAUCGAAAAUCCCAGCCACCGUUGACGACCCUUCACCGCCUCCUCUGCCACCGUAUGCAAAUGACCAGCGAGAUCCACAGACGAGAGAAGCAGCCGCUGAACCUCUUUCCACAAGCAGCCCCGCCGGCCAAGUCCAUUAGCCCUUCACAUCCAAAAUCCGGCCAAGUCCCCAUUUUUCCGGCUAGCCACCGUCGCCGGCUGCCCGAUCCACCAGUGAACCAGCCCCUAGCCACACCGUCGCACCACCUUGGCCCGCAUUUGUUGCUCGUGUCGCUGUCCACGCCGUUGAGCCCAGGCCAGCAGGCCGAGCUCGAGUCCGUACGCACCCCUUCAAGCCAUCUCCGGGCAGAUCCACGCGACACAGCCCCGAUCUGUUCGAUCUCAGCCUUGCCAGCUCGUCCUCGCCACCCCGUGUCCGUACGCCAAUGCUCGACCCCAGCUCGCGUCUGUACGCCGACACGGAAGGCCAGAUCCGCGUACCGUUGA